AUGGAUUAUGAGAUGGAUAUUGAGCCCACUGGGCCCCAGGUGACCGUGAGAGAGGCCGAGCCAUACCGCGUCGAUUUCAAACUCAGCUCCGUCGAUCUCGCCUUCGCCAACUCCCUUCGCCGAGUCAUCCUCGCCGAAGUCCCAACGAUGGCCAUCGACCUGGUCGAAGUCGAAAAGAACACCUCCGUACUCCCCGACGAAUUCCUCGCCCACAGACUCGGCCUCAUCCCCCUCAACUCGAAAAACUGCGACCAGGACGUCGAGUACACGCGCGACUGCGAAUGCGAGGACCACUGCGCGCGCUGCAGCGUUACGCUCACACUGCACGCGCGCUGCACAGGCGACGAGAUCAUGCCCGUCUACGCGCGGGAUCUGGUCGUCAGCGGCGAGCGCGCGAACGAGUGGGUGGGGAGCCCCGUUAUCACGGAUCCGGAGGGGAAGGGCCCUCUGAUCUGUAAGCUGCGGCGGGGGCAGGAGCUCAAGAUGACCUGUGUUGCGAAGAAGGGGAUAGCCAAGGAGCAUGCGAAGUGGGCGCCCACUGCGGCGGUUGGGUUCGAGUAUGACCCGCACAAUAACCUCCGGCAUGUGGAUUACUGGUACGAGGAGGAUCCCAUUAAGGAAUGGCCCGUCUCCGCAAACGCCGCGUGGGAACACGCCGCGCCCCCCGACCAACCCUUCGACUACGACGCUCAACCAAAUAACUUCUACAUCGACGUCGAAAGCAUCGGCAACCUCGACCCGGACAUGAUCAUCCAGCAGGGCAUCGUCGUCCUCCAACGCAAACUCGCCACCGUCAUCUCCUCCCUCUCCGGCGCCGGCAACGGCGGUCGCAACGGCCUCCCCGAAGACGAGGACAUGAUGGGCGUCCGCAGUCCGGACGCCUACGAGCCGCCAGAGGGCAUGGAUGGCGGGUUCACCGCAUAUGCCAACGGCGGCACGAGUGCCUGGGGAGCCAGCGCGGCAACUCCCUACGGUGCGACGCCGUACGGUGGCGGUGGGUACGGCUUUUAG